GCGAAUCUUGUCGCAGGGGAGACUUGAAAGUCUGCCAGGAGAUGAUCUCCCUGGGUGUCAAUGUCAAUGCUAGAGAUCGCUUCGAUUAUACUCCUCUGAUUUUGGCUAGUCUAUGCGGUCAUUACGAAGUUAUCCGGCUGCUUCUUGAAUCCGGGGCUCUCUGCGAACGAGACACCUUCCAGGGCGAACGCUGCCUAUACAACGCACUUAACGAUCGGAUACGAAACCUCCUACUUUCAUACGAUUAUGCGAAAUCGACGAACCCAUUGCAGCCAUUGGCUGCCCACAUCACAUCGCUAUUGAGCAGAGAUACUCCGAAAACGACCGAUAUCACGGUGGCAGCAUAUGACCAAGACUUUGAAUUGCACAAGUUCAUCCUUGCUGCACGAUCUCCUUACUUUGCGAAGAAGCUUGCAGCGGCACCAACCACAACGUCUUGGAAGCUACCUCAGUCUAUUCCUGCUGAAUCAUUAGGUGCUGCCCUUCAGUAUCUCUACUUUUCUGAGGUAUCUUUGAGAAGGGUGACGCAUGGUAUGAAUGAUGAAGAGGAGUUGGUGGUUCUGGACGGAAUCGAGAAGAUUAGUAGGCAGUUGGAAAUACCAAAACUGUUCGAGAGCAUCACAGAAGUGUCGGACAGAAGGCUUUUGCGACAACAAAGGAACGAGGAACUCGAUCGGGGUCGCGACCAGUUACAGAAUUGGUUCCAGGACAAUGUGGUGAAAAACAAGAUAUCCGUAGAUGCUGGCAGGGUUGAUGAUAUCAAGUGGGACCGGGACAACUCCAUCUUCGCAGACAUAUUACUUCGAGCGGAUGAAGAGAAUAUAGAAGAUGGCUCAGAUCAAACGGAUGCAUCACCUGGCGCUUCAGAAUCCUCGACUCCUCCCAUCCGAAAUACCCUUGGACCGCUGAACGGCAUUCCGAUCGGACCGGUAAAGUCUCGCUCCCCUUCCAGGCAUCGCCAACCUCGGAGAUCAACUCUUUUCCCUGUACAUCGCGCAAUGCUUCUUCGUUCGGAGUACUUCCAGACUAUGUUCUCUUCAUCCUUCCGCGAGGCCCAAGAUACCCCAUACCUACAAGUUAUUACAGUUGACUGCACACCAGCAGUAUUAGAGGCAGUCCUGAUCUUCUUAUACACCGAACGGGCAGAUUUUGGACUUGACAUCGCCAUUGAUGUGCUCUUCGCGGCAGAUCAUUUAUUCAUCGAGAAGCUCAAGCAGCGCGCUGCACUCAUCAUCUCGACACUAGGAAACGGAUCCACGUCCACUGUGGAGUCGGAAAACCCAAGAGGCGCAACAGACGCCGAAGAAGCAAUUGAUGUGUACGAGGUUAUCCGCGCUGGUUGGGACACUAGGGUGCAACGCCUCGAAGAAUUUGGUGCCCGGUAUAUUGCACAUCGUCUGGAGAAAUACAUUGAUGAACCAGAGUUUUCAGAUAUAGUUACUGAGUCGGCCAAACGAGUACAGGCCCGCCAAGAAACGGAUACAGUCGAACUUGUAGAUGAUAUUCGCUAUUACUUAAGUGAGAGGUUCCGGUUGCGCUUCGAGGACAGUGGUCUCGAUGAGAUGAUGGAUGAGUCGCCUGAGGCUGUCGAGCAAUUCGAAGACUCGGGCAUUGAUGCACAAUCGCCACAAGAUAUACAAUCUGGCAAGACUGGUUUGGACCUUGGAAGUCAGCUUGAUGACCAAUUCGCUGCAGGAGCCAUCCGAACCUUGGACGGAGAAAUCGCAGGCGACGAGUUCGCUCAAGAUGCCAUAAAUUAUCAGAUCUUACUCGGAAAGAUUGACGCAUUGUUGGAUAACCUGAACUUAGACGCAUAAAACAUUCAGCCGUUACAAGUACCUUAGUACAAAUUCAUAGAGGCAAAGUAUAUACGGGUACAAAAAUCGUUUGCAUACUUCUUUGAGUCUAUAUAUGGAAAGAAUGUUAUUCGAUAGUAAAAUUUACACUCAAAUUACUAGAAGCCGCAACGAUUGAA